AUGCCUUACUCGGAACAUAGUGUUCACUUCCAAAUGACCAACAGAUUCAAACCCUUUAUGGACAAGUUUGAUCGCGGAAAGAAACUCCAGAUCCGUAAGGAUGUUGUUCUUGUGCUAGGAAAAAAUGAAGACGGGCUCUUGAAACUCGCAUCUGCAGCCACAUUCAUCAUGCAGACGCGACCUUGGUGGAUGGAGUUCGAUUUCUGCAAAAGCUUUGUCAGGAUCGAUGUCGAGUUCUUGAAUGGUUUGAACGAAACUUGGUGGGCCUGA